CAUCGUAGUGGUUUCAUGUCGCACGAGGCGACUAAGGGAUUACCUUUGGCAGCUGGGCCUCUCCUCCUACCAGCUCUGUUCGCAGGAGCCCUAGGGCUCCGCACUCUGGAACCUCCACCACCAGUGUCCACCACACGAAAUACCUACGAGGAGAGAUGGCUCGAUGUCAGAUUGGACCACUUCUCUGCUUUCUAUAAUGACACGUUUCCUAUGAGGUUCUAUUACAACGGCGAGUUCGCUGUGAACAACCAAGUGAACAACCAUAUAGUGAUCUUCGUGGGGGGCGAGUGGGCCAUUUCCCCGGGGUGGGUCACGGGGGGCCUGGCCCACGAGUUCGCUGGCUACAUACAAGCGGGGGUGUUCUACACAGAACAUCGGUAUUAUGGGUUAACUAGGCCCACUAACGACACGGAGGUGAGCAACCUCCGCUAUCUGACGGUGGACCAGGCUUUGGCGGACCUCGCUCAGUUCAUAGAAUACAUCAAGAGUGACGAGUUCGAAAAUGGACUUUACAGAGAAGGGAAGGUGGUGCUUGUAGGAUGUUCGUACGCUGGCAGCAUGGCCACCUGGAUGCGGCUGGCAUACCCCCACCUGACUGACGCCGUCCUCUCUGACAGCGGACCUCUGCAUGCACAGACCGACUUUGUUGAGUACCUAGAGAAGAUCAACUCCGUGCUUCUGGAGCAAGGAGGCCAGACCUGCGUGAACUCUAUCCAGGAGGCUGUCAACGAGAUAGUUCCUCUGCUGUCGACGCAGACCGGGGUCACCACUAUAUCGGACGUAUUUAACACAUGUUCUCCUCAAACGACGAAUCCAAUGGACUCGUCUACGUUCUUCUGGUUCGGCAUCACGGAGACCCUCGCCUACCUCGUGCAGUAUGCUAUGCCUGGACACAUAACUGAUGCAUGCUCAGUGCUGACUAACUCCAGUGAAUCGAGUGCGAUGCGCCGACUAGCCAACUACGUUAACGCUCACCCGUGGUCGCAGCCCUGCAUCCGGAACUCCUACAGUGACGUCGUGGCCGGCCACACCAACACCAGCUUCGAUUCUUCUGACUCCGUCAUGCGGUUGUGGACAUACCAGUCUUGUGUGGAGUUCGGCUGGUUCCAGACCACCAACGGGAACCUGCACGUUUUCGCCAACGCCAUCCCACUUGAGUACUUCCAUCAGAUGUGCCAGGAUUUCUUCUCUUUGUAUUUCAACUCGAACUUGACAGAAUCAGGAGUGGCGCGGACGAAUCUCCUGUUCGCAGGUCUCAGCCACCUCCCGGACUACACGAUAUCGGUGGCGGGCGGCGCGGAUCCCUGGGCACCCAUGGGACCCACCGGGACCCAUGAGUCGGCCCUGGCGCCCGUGUUUGUGGUGCCUGGCGUGUCGCACUGUAGAGCUAUUCAGUCUACUGAAAACAGCGAGUCGACAGAGCUUCACGAAGUAAAAUGGGAAGUAAUGAACAUCUUGAGCGAGUACGUCACGGGCACAAGGAUGAGCGCGGCGAACGGUGUUUUCGCAUCGCUAGCUCUUAUACUAUGCGCAGUGGCGAUAGCUGCGUAACAUGUGCGUGUUUUGGACAUUUUCCUUGAGGAAGUAUUUUUAGUUAUCUAUCAUGCGCCUACCAAAAUGCGUCAAUAAAUUUGUAAUUAUGAAA